AUGAAAGUCACAGAAGAAAGACCAUAUAUUAUAUGUCAAGACAAAAAGGUAUUCACACUUUUUGAUGUGCCUCACCUUUUGAAGUGCUUGCGAAAUAAUUUUAGAAAGUAUGAUGUUAAAUUUCAGGGUGGCAAAAUUGCUAGUUGGAACCACAUUGUAUCUUUGUGGGAAUUUGAUCGUAAAAUGCCUCACAGAUGUGUUCCGAAAUUAACAGACCGCCAUGUAAAUGUGGAUUGCCUUAGUGCUAUGAGUGUAAAAUUAGCAGCUCAGGUCUUCAGUCAUUCUGUGGCUUCAGGCCUGUGUUACCUUAGUGCACUAAAUGGCUUACCCGCAUCGGCUAGUCUUACAGCAGAUUUCUGUUCAAACAUAAAUAUUUUAUUUGACAGUUUGAACAGUAGAACACUUAAGCACUCUAAUCCUUUUCUUGCAGGAGUUACCAAGUCAUCGAUUCACUUAAAAACCUGGAAGGAAAAGAUGGAUUUCAUCAAAGGCAUUGAAUUUCAAACAGAAAAAAAAAAAUAUCUUUCCCAAGUAUAUUUGGCUGGAAAUUAA